GUGCGCAAGGAUCAGCUGCUGAAGUUUGCUGAUGAUGUGACGCAACGGAUGGCUGAUUGGCAGCACAAGAAGGAGGCAGAGAUUCGUCAGAUGGUCAGCACCUGGAAAUCUGCACGCUUCAAGUUCGUGCCAAAGGGAGAUUCUUUGACUGCGGAGGCGGCGCAGAUGGAGGAGCUCCGCCAGAUGCUUCGAGAGCUCCAAGGGCUGCGCCAGCGAGGCGAUAUGGAGGAUUGGAGCAAUAUCGAGAGCACAGACGAAGGGCCAGGUGCCGAUGACAGACUGCAGGAGGAGAUUUCCUUGGAGGAAUUGCGAUGGGACUGGAUGCAAUCGGAGACAUCCAUGCAGGAGCUUCAAGGGCUGCUGCGUCUGGCGCAAAACGCUUUUCGAGAAAAACGCAGCAUGGGUGGUU